CUCUGCCCCUGAAGACUGCACGUCCUUCAGCAUCACUGCCUCCUCAGGAGUGGUUGUGGAGGUGGCCUACAGCCCUCCAGCCAAGAAGAAUUCCACAGGUUCCUCCAAAUGGCCCCUGGACCCUGAGCUGCAGGUGACCGUGCAGAUGAAAGCUGCCAGUAGUAGCACAGAUGACCAGAAGGUUCAAAUUUUAUACUAUGGACCCAAGACCUCCCAGGUCCAAGCCCUGCUCUACCUCACUGGGGUGGAAAUCUCCCUGUGCGCAGACAUCACCCGCACCGGCAGCGUGAAGCUGACCAGAGCCGUGAAAAAUCAGAGGACCUGGACCUGGGGCCCCUGUGGACAAGGCGCCAUCCUGCUGGUGAACUGUGACAAGGACAACCCCCAAUGUUCUACCAUGGACUUUGAAGAUGAUGAGGUGAUGAACAGCAAAGACCUUCAGGACAUGUCCCUGCUGAUCCUGAGCACCAAGACCCCCAAGGACUUCUUUGGCAAGCAUCAGCUGGUGCUGCACGUGGGCAAGGCUGAGAUGUCCAAAGUGCGGGUGUUCCAGGUCACACGGAGCAAGCUGCCCCCCAGGUUCAAGGUGGUCCUGGGGCCCCAGCAGCCCUCUCACCGCCUGAAGCUCCCAGGGGGCCAGCACAGCAUGGAUUUCUACGUGGAGGGCCUCGCCUUCCCGGAUGCUGGCUUCUCGGGGCUCAUUUCCCUGGGUGUCUCCCUGCUGGACACAUCCGACCCGGAGCUCCCUGAUGCUCUGCUUUUCCAAGACAGCGUGGCCUUCCGGGUGGCCCCCUGGAUCAUGACACCCAACACCCAGCCCCCCCAGGAGGUGUACGUGUGCAGGAUUUCUGAAAAUGAAGACUUCCUGAAGUCGGUGACUGCCCUGGCCAAGAAAGCCAAGUGCAAGCUGACCGUGUGCCCCGAGGAGGAGAACUUGGAUGACCAGUGGAUGCAGGAUGAGAUGGAGAUCGGGUACAUCCAGGCCCCGCACAAAACACUGCCCGUGGUCUUUGACUCCCCGAGGGACAGAGGCCUGAAGGACUUCCCCAUCAAGCGUGUCAUGGGUCCAAAUUUUGGCUAUGUGACCCGGGAGCUCUGCACAGAGGAAGUCACUGGGCUGGACGCCUUUGGGAACCUAGAGGUGAGCCCCCCAGUCACCGUCGGGAAGAAGAAGUACCCACUGGGCAGGAUUCUUAUCGGGAACAGUGGUUACCCCAGCACCGAGAGUCGGGAUAUGCACCAGGCUCUGCAGGAUUUCCUGGACGCCCAGCAGGUGCAGGCCCCCGUGAAGCUCUACUCUGACUGGCUGUUCGUGGGCCACAUAGACGAGUUCCUGAGCUUCACGCCAGCACCAGACAGGAAGGGCUUCCGGCUGCUCCUAGCCAGCCCCAGGGCCUGCUACAGGCUGUUUCAGGAGCAGCAGAAGCAGGGCCACGGCGAGGCUGUGCUCUUCGAAGGGGUUAAGAAAAAAAAACAGAAAAAAAUAAAGGACAUUCUGUCAAACAAGAAUCUGAGAGAAGAGAACUCCUACGUGGAGCGCUGCAUCGACUGGAACCGUGCCGUGCUGAAGCGGGAGCUGGGCCUGGCUGAGGGUGACAUUGUGGACAUUCCGCAGCUCUUCAAGCUCAUGGGGAACUCCAAAGGGACCCUCAAGGCCGAAGCCUUCUUCCCAAAUAUGGUGAACAUGCUGGUGCUGGGGAAGCACCUGGGCAUCCCCAAGCCCUUUGGGCCCCUCAUCAAUGGCCGCUGCUGCCUGGAAGAGAAGGUGCGUUCCCUGCUGGAGCCGCUCGGCCUGCACUGCACCUUCAUUGACGAUUUCUAUGCCUACCACGUCCUGCACGGGGAGGUCCACUGUGGCACCAAUGUGCGCAGGAAGCCCUUCACCUUCAAGUGGUGGCACAUGGUGCCCUGAGCUGCCUCCCCUGGCAGCCUCUCUUAGGCUCCCUACUGGCCAGAGGUGGCCCCUGCGGGUGGCCACAGCAAGAGUUCUGGGGGUGGUUGGACUCCCUGGGGGUGGCCAACCCUCACAGCAGUGGCUUCCUUCAUCCUGGCCCCUUUGCACAUUCCAAGAUGGUCCUCACAUUACAAACAGCUGUACUCAGAGAAGCUGCAAUAAAGGUUUU